AAAUAAAUUAAAAUAAAACUAAAAUAUAAAAUAAAAUGAAUUUAAUAUACAAAAAUAUAAACAAAAAAAAUUAAAUAAAUCUAAUUUUUUAGAAGCACGCGCAAAACUAUGCGUUAAAAAAGUGUAUAUUACAUCAUAUUUGCUAUACAAAGUUUGCAACAUCCAAUUGUAAGCAACGCAAAUCCAUCAAAAUUACCAACCGAAAUGAUUUCAAUUAUGCGCACAAUCAUAAACCACUAUCCCAAAAAUGUGCUUUUUAUAACAGUUAUUUUGCUGAAAUGAUAGCCAGUUCGUGGCGGUAACUACUCGUACUCGUGUACUUGUAAAUCAGGCCAGGUUCAUUCAUUAGCUUCUCUUCCCAUGUGAGGCGAGCGUCCUUUUUCUACCAUAGCGAUGAGGUGAUAAACAAAAAUAUGGAUUUUGAGAAUUUUCUUCUUUUUCUUCAACGGAACUGCGCAAUAAUGUAAAUUUCAAAAAGUGGUUUUAUUGUAAAUGCCGUAAGCUAUAAAUUUUGUUUUAAGUUAUGUAAAGAAAACGGCGGCUACGUAGUUUUUCUUCGCUGAAGGCUCCUUUAAUUUACGAUGGACAGAAUUUUGGUGCUCAACAUUAGUACUUUUAGCAAUUAAUUUUUAAGAUAAUACGGAAUUUUUUGAACUAAAAAAAUGGAUUUUCGAAAUUUCUAUACUGGCAUUAGAUCUUAAUGAAUUCCCAAAAAUUACCUGUUUCUUUGGCAAUUUCAUUACCAGCAGUUAGUUGUGGUCCUUACAUUUUAGGUCCAAAUCAAAACGCGUGUCUCGAAUUGGUGGAAGCUCAGUCCAGGAUUUACGAGUUUAUACGCAUUACACAUUUAUUUAUAUAUACAAAUUUUUUUAAGCAACCAGGAGCUACCACCGUUACUUGAAAGAAGUAAUACUAAUACUCAUAACCAGUGAGACUGGUAUUCUGGGCACAAAAGUAUUUUAUUUCUUUUUGGGUUGGAAAAUUCUGUUUUAUUAUAUUAUUUCAGACUUAUUUAAAGUCUAGUUACAACCAGCAAUUACAGCAAGAGAAAAUAAAAUAAUUAAAUAAAGAAAAAAAAACUAUAAAAAAGUUAUUAUAAGCAAGCAAAAUUUAAGAGUAGAAACUGAAGUCACAACAACAAAAAGAACGCAAAAAAUACAAACAACAAAUUUACAACAACACAGAAAGGGACAAAUUAAAUAAAAUUCAAGCAUUAAAAAAAUGUUUCCUUCGCUACAAAACAAUAGCAAAAGCAAUAAAAAUUAAAAAAAAAGUGUUCGUUCAUUUUAAGACAAAAAAAUUAAGCUAAAAUUAAAAAAAAAAACAAGUUGCUACCCACAACUUUUAUUAUUAUAAGCAACAUAAUUCACAGCUCACCUAAGCAGCAACAACCGCAGCAGCAGCAGCGAGUGCAACAACAAUACACGCUCGUAUAUAUAUGCAAACAAGUGAAAUAUAUUGAAACCUGUUCUCAUUGCAAUUACUGCGCAUGUGCAACGCUUCUGUAUUUGGCGGCACCACCAACAACCUCAACCAACAUUCGCGUCACCUCGCAUUCGCAUAUCGCCUCGCGUCAUUGCGUUUUUUGUUACAUUUCGUAUGAUUUUUUCGUUUUGUGUUUUUUUGUUGUUGUUUUCAUUGCUUUUAAUAUACAAAUAAUCGUAUGUGAAUGUGAUUUUCGCGCACGUAUACAUAUGCAUACAUAAAUAUAAAAGUGUAUUUGUGCGUCUGUGAAUUUGUGGAAUUGUCCUACCUCAACACAAAUCGGCACUCACUUAAUUUGAGUGCUCGUGGCAAAACGAAAAACACGAAAAACAAAAACCAAAAACAAUAACUGAAGUCUAGCAACAGCAGCAACGCCAAGUCUCACAUCAAAAACCACAACCCGUAUUGCAUAACUUUUCAUUCAAGUUGUGCACUUAUUGUUGUUAGUGUUUUUGUUUUUUCCUUGUGCUCACUUGCGUCCACUUGAAUUUUUCACCCAUGCUAUAAUUGUGUCACAUUAACCUAAUUCUUGGCUUUCUUUGCAACGCACACCUGACUGUUUUGCUUUUGUUUCAUUUUUGCAUUGUGUUUGGGCGAGUGUUUUAUUUUUCGUUUGUUUUGUGGUCGAUUAAUUUGCUUAUUUAUUGGCAUUUACGAGUAUUACGUUUCAACCACUUUGUUUGUUAUUGAUCAAUUGCUUGAUUGUUGUUGACCGGCAUCGCUUUGCUAUCAUUUGAAUUGUGCGCGUGGGUAAAUAGUAACAACAACAACAACAACAACAACAACAAUGUAUAAAACAUCGGCGAUAUUCUUGAUCCUGUUCGGAUAUUUACUCAUCACAGACUGUAGUGAAACGACACGCACAAAACGCGCCAAGCGACCGCGUGCGCCUGAACCAGUCAACUUUGAACCGGAACCACAGCAAGAUUUGGAGAAUGAGGAGAGUGGCAGCCAAGAAAAGGAUAUACCCGAAAUACCAACAAAUUUUCUGAGCCCAUCUGUGCGAGAAUAUCUCGAAUUGGGCAAAUCAAUACCGGGACGUCCUGGCGUCGACUACCCCAUACUAUCCGCCAUUCCCUACACGAAUUUCUACUGUGAUGAACAGGCGUAUCCGGGCUUUUUCGCCGACAUGGAAACAAGAUGUCAAGGCUGGCAUUACUGCGACAUCGAUGGUCGACAAGCCUCCUUCCUCUGCCCAAAUGGCACACAAUUUUCCCAGGCAGUCUUCGUAUGCGAUUGGUGGUUCAAUGUGCGUUGCGAUCUCUCGCCGCGUCUAUACGCCAUCAAUGCACGCCUCUAUCAGCGCCCCAAGGUGAAUCCAACACGUCCGCAUCGUAUCAUUACAAAAGAGCUGGUCGAUGAUAUUUUCAAUUGAAGGGGGCGCAUGUGAGGCGAGAAUGUGUGGACUGGCAAGCAGACGAGCCGUAGAGGGCAGAGAAGUAAUGAAAUAGGAUUUCAAGGGGUAGGAGCGUCAAAGCGAGAGAGGAGCAGAAUUCGUAUAAACUAUUUGUGGGCUAUGAGGGUUAUUUAAAUGAUUCAACUUGAUUUCGUGUAUAUUUUGAAAUUAAAAAAGAAAAUAUGCAAUAAAACACGCAAAAUAGUAUUAAGAAAAAAAUCUAAAAAAGCAGAAAAAAAAUGAGUUUGGUGCAAUUUUAUGGAGUGCAAGUUACAAAAUAUUGAAUUAUGGCCCGUAGUUAUGAAGCAGUUAAAAGCAGGUUUUAAUAAGUAAAAAUUCUUUUUAAAUGGAACGCCAUUUUAACCCUUUAAUGGCUCUUAAAAACCACUGAAAAAGAUUAGACAAAAUGUGGAAUGUAAUACCUAUGUGCUGAACGCAAAUCUCUGGUUAAAGGCACAAAAUUAAUAUUGCGAAAUUUUUAAUUUUCAAUUUGUUACUUCUUGCCAAAAAUCGUAUACCUUUUUUGAAGGUUUGAGGCUAAAUUCUUGUGAGUCUAAAUUCAGAUUAAAAAAAUCAAAAUAGCGUGAAAAAAUUUCAAAAUUACUACACCAGUUUCAUGAAUCUGUAAACAUUUUGAAAACAUAUUUAAUGCAUUUGAUUCGCAAUUUUAAAUUUGGCAAACUUUGUACAAAGUUUCAAGGCUCCGAACUAUUUAUGGUUCUAGUUGUUAAUCUCACUAUAAUUUUAUAGAAGCAUAAAAAGGAAAAAUUAAAUACAAAAAUUCGUUAACUCUUCGUCGCGCUUCUAUUAUUUCGAACAUAGGUGUAUGUAUGUCGUAGAGCCGCCAAAGGGUUAACUAUUUAUUAAGCUUAGGUAAAAGUGCUUUAAAAAUUUAAAAACAGGCAUUAGGUCGUUUGGCUGUCAAAAGUUGUAAAAAAUUUUAAACAUGGGACAUCAUCUUAGAUACUUCAAAUAAAAGUGAAAAAAAUACAUCGCAAUCAAAACAAUAUUGCGAGAUUUUGAAAAUUUAGAUAACCGUAAAAAAUAAAAAUUUACAAGCGGCGCUACAGACCUUUUGAAGCGGAUACCUGCACUUCAAUUACACUUCCAACUGCCGUGCUUGCUGCUGGAUUUCUUUGCUGCCAAUUUCACUCUUGUCCACUAUUUGCUUAACCGUUUAAGACCCAGGGGGAAUUGAAAAAGACACUGUCGAAGAAUUCCAAUCAGUACAAUUGCGCUUCUCUAAAUGAGUGCGAACAUACGCAAGCAGCAACGCAACAGCGUUUGGUUUUUUUAUAUCGGCAAUAAACAUUUUCAUUUUGAUCGCACCGUCAGUUGUCCGUAAUAUUCAAAAUGUUCUGGGUUGUUUUGACACAAAAUCUAAAAGCACGAUCGCACUGCUUGGGACUCAAACUGUUAAUUAAGGUUAACAUCGACAUUCUGACUUGCUUCUACAGGCUUCUUCUUUCCUUUCUGGCUCAUUUUUAGCAUCAUUUGUUCUAUUAUUGUUGCAUAAAUAUUUCCCACAAAUGUUUGGGUAAUGCUAUUGGAGUGACAGUCCUUAUAUAUACAAGUAUAAUUAUAUAUUUUUCAAUGGUUUCAAGGUGGAACAUAGGACCGCAACAAACCGAUUAUAAUUUGAUUCAUUUGAAGCCAGAAAUUUGACUUGUCUCCACGAAUAGCCAGCUUUCUGCGCUUCUGCGUCCACCUGUCGCCUAGGUGUUGGCUGGUCUACCGCGUCUGCGACUCCCCUGAAGGUUCCAAUCCAAUGCAGCUCUUGUGAUGCAGUCUAUGGGUUUGCGACGUCGUACUUCGAGGAGGAUGGGUAUUUGUUUACAAAUAGCCCUUAGGUCGGUGUUACUUAUGGUUUUAGGCCAGAAUAUCCACAUGAUUUUUAGUACACAGCGAUUAAAAAAGCUUUGCAACGUUUUGUGUUUCACGUUUUACGUUGCCAUCGUAAAUCCGUAAUUUCGUACGUCAGAUAUCCAGUAUACCAUCAAAUGCAGAACGUCCUUUUGAUAUGCCAUUGCGAAUAUCAGCUACUGAUCCGCUAAUUUUUGUGUUAAUGCUGCCAAGAUAGCAGAAUUCAUUUACUACUUCUAAUGUGGUACCGGCGAUCUGAAUAACUUUUAUUUCGUUUAAUUGGUAGCCCUGUUUGAGCUGCAAAAGCGCUGACUGUAUACAACUUUGCGGAUAUAUGCUAGUGUUUGUGCGCGCAUUAUGUCCAUUCAGACCCCAGGCUAUGCCUCUAUUCUACGUAGACUUGCGGGAGUUAUGCGGGAAAAUUGGAAUUGAAAUUUUGAAUUGGUCGAGCCAAGAGAUUUGAUGGAUCCUAAAACACUCAGGCUAAAAAUUCCAUUGUACUUAGAGCUCUGGUUAAGUGGGAAAGGAGAAAAGUAUCAGAGGAAGAGAUAGGAAGGAAUAGAGACAGAAGUAGUUAGUCCUGUGAGAAUUUCGCAGAUUCUUUGGUAAAUCUGGAAAUAUCCUCCAGUUUUAAAGAACGAAUAUUACUCAUUCUCAUGACAUCGGAACCCAAAACUCGUAGUCUUGCUCAAGCAAAGGCAGUACACUCACAGAGAAAGUGCUCAGUGCUAUUCGCCUCCUCCAAGCAAAACAGGCACAUUGGGUCCUCUCGAUUAUCCAUUCGGCUACCUUUAGGAUGGCAAAAACUUCUGUUUGGAAAACAGUUGCCAUUCCCCCCAUAGCAUAGUGAUACUUAUUACAAUCGUUUAAGUACCAUCCGGCUCCAGACCCUACCUCAUUCUUGGACCCAACGGUAAAGAAAAUAUCCGUCAAACCUCCCUGAAUGCAUUCUGGAUUACUGCAUUGCUCAUACAAUCGAAAUCUGACAUCAAAUUUCCUUCCAAAUUAAACUAUGGCUAUCAGGUCGUCUCUAGGUGCCAAAAACAAUAGAUAUUGCUCAGAUAGCAACUAAAAGAUUUCUCUGUGUCUCGAAGUUCCGUCUUCGUGCCAGAAACCAUAUUUAUGGAGUCUGCACAUUGCUUUUAUGCUUCCUGUUGUAUCUUUAGAUCCCGUAAUUCAUAACAUACGGUUCUUUGCGGCCUGUAUAGUUCCCGGAGUGUGGACUUAACCAUGGCAUAAUUUGGUCCAAGACUGAAUAACAGCGGCGAAAGCACACAACCCUGUCAGACCCCGGUUGGUACCACAAUACUGGCAGUCAAGGAAUUUUUAUGAUUAACACGGCAGCAAGCGCUCGUGUACAAAUCCUUUACAAGGCUGAUUUGGUUUCUUUUUUUUGAUAAUUCUUAACCGGAUAUAAAUGUGGAUCGUUGCGGUAACGCAGAAUCGACUGUCGUGGAUCGAUCACUUGUUGAGAAUUUAUGCAUUGCAGCGACAAGCACGCAUUUUUUACAAUUUCACAAUAACUUCUACAAUUUAACUUACAGGCUUCUUUUAUUGACUAUAAGUAGAAGUUAUAAACAUUUAUGUAGUAAAUUACAUAAUAUUUAAUUUUUUUUUUGCUCCUAUUUCUUCGCUGCACCAACUCCAAAUAUGUAAAUAAAAAUCAGCUGCCACAGGGUGAACUUAUUAAAAUGCCUAUAUUAUUUUUUAGUGCUUAAAUACUUUUUUCAUUUCACUUGGCUGACUUUGUGCAGUCUCAUUUUAGCUAAAUGUCGGUUUGGGGUUAUCGCCUGUCUAUCAUUGACUAAAAUAUUAUAUAAAACCUGUUUUCAACUUAAAGUUGAGUUUUUAUUAAAAGGUGUUUUAACUUGUAACUAUAACUGCGGGCCUAUGUGGUUUUAUGUACAUAUGUAUGCACUUUAGAAGCGUUAAAUGUUGUACUUAACUCUUUGAAAAAACUGCCACUAAUGUUUAAAUUGUAUGUAAAAUACUGUAAAUUAUAAUUUGAUUAUUUUUAUUUAAGACGAGUAUUACAUAUUUAUAGCAAAUAAUGUAGUGCUUUUAAAAAGCAACAUAAAAAACGGCAAUAUUUAAAAGCCGUAUAUAGAAUUUGUGCUUUUAAAGGUACUCAAAUACUUAAGUUACUAUGUAGAAUACCUACGCAUGUAGACUAACAUUAAAAAGAAAAAUGAUUAGUUGGUAUUAUUUUUUAGUGCAUUUGUAUAUAGUUAAAUAGCAAAGUGUAAUCAAUAUGUCUUCCAUCGCGGUCAAAUAAAUGCAUUAAUAUACAUACAUACACACACAUACGUACACAUAGACAAUGCAUUUAAUAUGUGCAUGUGUGGGCACUCCUCUCUUCUUCUCAAUAGAUUUGCUUGUUUGCAAUUUUAUUGCAUUUAAUUUGUAUUUUUAAGCUAAACUACCUUUUAUAUCCUUACGAAUUAAUAGUUUAGUGUGAAUGAGCUUUUAUUUGAAUUCGAGUAAUAAAUAAAGCUUAUUAGCGA